AUGGCGUCUCAAGAAGCAACGGAAGAUUUCGUGGAGAUGCCGCGUGGAAAAGAGUCGCCUUCUCCUCUUAGCGAUUUGCAAGUUACUCAUGUCGGGGUGAACUUCAGUACGGAGCCCGACGAGGCGAAAGUCUUUCAGGUGUAUUUAACUAAACUAUGUAGCCUCACGCCGUCUGACACCGAGAGCUUUCGUACAGAGAUAAACCUCCUUCUGGAUCAGCUCAUCUCGCAGGAUUUCACGUACGGGGUCAAGUGGAUAAGAGAGGAGGAGGUUUGCAAACUGCUAUCUCAAGCUUGUCGUCUAAUUCAGCUCAGUCAAGAACAUCUUGUCAGCAAAGUAUGCCGGCUAAUCCACUAUUUGUUAAAUAGACUACAGAUUAUAGUUGAUGAGAAAAACUUGGAUUUUCUUCUUGUGUUUUGCAUUUCUGCAUUAAAACAUUGCAGCUCAUGGACCCAUGUGGAUAUCCUCCAUGCUUUAGCAGCUUUAGUGUACAACAAUGGACAUAAAUGCCAGAAGUAUCUUCCUGAUUUAUUGGGGAAGUCUGGCAUCCUAAUACAGAUAAGCGAUUCCAGUAAGUGUGACCUAGAGUUAUGGAGAGCUUGUCUGCACUGCAUGGCUAAUCUGUGUAUCAGUGUACCUGGACAACCAUAUUUGGAAGAACCUUACCGCACAGUGUGUUUUAAUACUUUUUUGCAUGUGCUACAGAUGUCCAAGCCUGAUGUUUUGGAUGAAAUUUCAAUUUGUACACUACUUCAGAAUGCUUUAAAGGGGAUUCAGUCUAUUUUAAAUGGAAGCAAGAUGGUGGUGACGGAAGCAGAACAACUAGGAUCAUUACUUGCUGUUCUUAAGAAAUACAUGUUGUAUGGGCUUCCAGGACUCAAUAUAGAGAUGCCUAUGGUUCUGUAUCCAGCUCCUCUACCUCAGUAUGAUGGAAGAUCACAUACAAAGCCAGAGCAAAAUGAGACUGCUGUACGACCAACUGGGAAUAAAAAGAAGAAAUCCAAAGGCAGACACAAAAAGGCACCACAGGGAGAAGAGAUAAAGAACGAAGUGGAAGUUGAGGAAGAAGUGAGCCAUGAUCUAGAAAAACUGAAGUUAAGUGCAGAGGAUGCACCUUACACCCAAUAUUUAGGACCGCAACAAUCUCCUGUCAAGUCUAAAUUUAGCCUUGUAACAAAGGAUCCUCGUGCUUCUAAUCAAAGAUUUCUCAAUGCAAGCAGUAGUGACUCUGAAUAUUCCGAUGCUGAAGGUGGCUUGCAGAGCAAAACAAGGUUUUACCAAGCCAAGGUCCGACAAGGAGCAUUGUCCACCUUCCUAUCUACAAUAAAGUCAAUGGAUAAGAAAGUUUUUUAUGGAUAUUGGUCAUCUUUUGUUCCAGAUAUGCCAGGCCUAGGAAAUAAGCAAUCUGUAUCUUUGAUGACUGUUAUACUUAAAGACCAUUCACCAAAGACUCGAGCCUGUGCCCUUCAAGUACUCUCUGCAAUUUUAGAAGGCUCAAAACAAUUUCUAUCUGUUGCGGAUGAUGUCAGUAAUCACAAAACUGCCUUCACUCCUUUUUCUCUCACUCUUGCGUCAAGUAUCAGAGAGCUACACCGAUGCCUGUUGCUAGCAAUAGUUGCGGAGUCUUCAUCACAAACUUUAACACAAAUCAUUAAGUGCCUUGCAAAUUUGGUAUCAAAUGCCCCUUACCAUCGAUUGAAACCUGGCCUUCUUACUAGGGUUUGGAAUCAAAUCAAACCGUACAUCCGCAACAAAGAUGUCAAUGUUCGAGUUUCCAGUCUUACUUUACUGGGUGCCGUUGUUUCUGCUCAGAUCACUUUACCUGAAGUACAACAACUUUUACAUCAGCCUGAUUAUUUGCUCUUGUCAAGUAAUGGAAGUGUAUGUGAUUGUGAAUGGUGGAGAAAAGAACAAUUGCCAGAUUUAGAUGGAAAAAACUGCAUCCAUUCUGAGCAGUCCCACUCUGAGCCUUGCUGGUUGAUUCGUUUAUGUAUUACACUGGUAAUCAAACCAAGGGAAGACACUUAUUCUGACAACGAUGGAGCAACUGUAUGUACAUUGCUCUCUGAGCCUUCUCCUGUCCGGCUGGAAGCACUGCAGGUUCUUUCACGUCUUGUAAAAGGAUGUUUUAAUAUGGCACAGAGUUACUUAAUUGAGCUUGGCGAGGUGGUGUGCAAGUGCCUGCAAGAAGCGGAUGCGUCAAUUCAACUUCAUGGUACAAAGCUUUUAGAAGAGCUGGGAACAGGGAUAGUUCAACAACAAAAGGCAGAUUCUGUGGUCCCACUAAGUGAGAGGGUUGAUGUCGACCAGGCUACAACAUUAUGGAACAUGAUCCUAAGUGGCCCUUUGUCAGUGGCACUGCAAAAUGAACAGCAUCCUACCCUUCAAGCAAGUGCUUGUGAUGCAUUGUCAACGGUCUUGCCAGAAGCUUUUAGUAGUUUGCCCGAUGAUCGUCAAAUCCUUUGUAUAACAUUGUUGCUUGGCCUGAAUCACAGUGAGAAUCCUCUUGUAAAAGCAGCAGCGGCACGAGCUCUUGGGGUAUACAUCCUAUUCCCUUGCCUCAGACAGGAUGUAAUGUUUGUGGCAGAUACUGCCAACGCCAUAUUGAUGUCUCUUAAUGACAAAUCACCAAAUGUUCGUGCCAAGGCUGCCUGGUCGUUGGGUAAUUUAACCGACACGCUAAUUGUUAAUAUGGAUAAUUUGGGGCUCAAUUUUCAAGAGGAAUUUUCUGACAUGUUGCUGCUAAAAAUGUUGAAAUCAGCAACUGAAGCUUCCAAAGACAAAGAUAAGAUCAAAAGUAAUGCUGUCCGAGCUUUGGGAAAUCUGCUUCAUUUUCUGCAACCUUAUCAUAUCAUAAAGCCUACGUUUUAUGAAACAAUUCAAAGUUCUAUUCAGUGCCUUAUUGCAGCUGUGCUUGGAGAUGGAACUAUGAAAGUGAAGUGGAAUGCAUGCUAUGCAUUAGGAAAUAUAUUUAAAAACUCAGCUUUACCUCUAGGUAAAUCUGAAUGGACGGCAGAUGCUUAUAGUGCUCUCACCUCUGUUGUGAAAUCAUGCAAAAAUUUCAAAGUGAGAAUAAAAUCAGCAAUGGCUCUUUCCGUACCAAUGAGUCGAGAACAAUAUGGAACCACUGAACAGUACUGCGAUAUCUGGAAUUCUUUAGUUACUGCCUUGGAAAACAGUGAAGAUACAGAAGAUUUUAUGGAGUUUAAGUAUUGCUCAAAUCUUCGUGCACAAAUUUGCCAGGCUUUAAUGCAUAUGCUAAGCAUGGCAAACCUCAAAGACCUGCCUUGUAUUAGAAAAACUUUCUCUGAGAAAGAGAGCACAAUCAGAGGGUACAUUUUACAGUAUGCGAAGUCUGGGACAGGAGGGGAUGAAACACAAGAAGAGUAUCUGAAAGGAGUUAAAAUGAUUCAGAAGGCAAUAGAUAAUGUUCAUAGUGUCCAUGAUCAUAAUCUGGGAGAUAUAAAUCUGCCCACUGAAUUUGCUUUUUUAGAAUCAAUUUUAAAGAGUUGUGAAAAAGAAAUUGUAUCCUAGUGGGUCUUGUUUUUUUUUAAUUUUAAUUUAUUAUACAUUUUUACUUUUUCCUAAAGAGUGACUAUGCCUCCAUUUUAGUGGCAUUGUUAUCCAUGAUCUAAUAUGAUUUGAACUAACCUUUCGCAGUGAAUGGUUGCAGCAUUUUUAUUUUUAACAGAAAUUAAUAUGGAGAGAAAAAAGUACAUGAUGUGUUAAAUAAAAUAAAA